AGAGCAAGGUGUAGAGAGACUCACACACCACCACCAUUAGCCACCUGUCAGUACAGGUGGAGAGAGUGACUGCUGGCCAUCUGAGCCUGGAGGUUUUACUGGAGGACUCCUCUUUAACUCUUUGGACAGUUUACUUUUCUUUUUUUCUUUUUUUUUACUAUCAAGACCUUUUUUUUAGGGUUUUAUUUGGACAGAACUGAACUUUAGUCUUGCUGUUGCCACCAGCAGAUGUAGUCAAUAGUAACUGAAUCCCAACACUCAGGUAUUUUUUGAGGAGUGAAAACUGUUGGAGGAGGAUUGUUUUCAUCAGUCUCAGUUUGUCCUGAGACUGAAUCCUUAAGGAGUUUUCUGUUGGUGUGGCUGUUUCUGAGACACCCAUCUUUGGAUAAUCAUGGCAGACUUCCCGUCCAAGGUUACCACGGAAACCAGCUCCCCCCACUCCCAGAGCUCUCAGCAGGGGGGCAACAGCCUCCAAGGGCUGGCCGCUAACAUCACCACUAUGAUGGACAGGUCCUUUAUCCGAAGCAUCCCGGCCAUCCUCAUGAUUGUUGAAAUAGUUCUGGGGCUGCUCCACUGGGCGUUGAUAGCCAGUGCCCCCUACACUGUGCUGCCAGCGUAUGGCUGGGUGAUGUUUGUGGCCGUCACUCUGUGGAUCCUCACCACAAUCCUCUUCUUCAUGAUCCUGUUCGGCGCCCAGCAAAAACUCACAUCCGUCCCCUGGCCCGUGACGGUGAUGGUGUAUUUCGCCGGAGCCACGGUCCUCUAUCUGACCGCCUUCCUGGCCAACGCAGCAUCUGUGCACCCCUUCUACCACACGAUUUAUUACGGACAAAUGGCAGCAGCCUCUUUCUUCGGUGCUGUGGUGACCCUGGCGUACGGGGCCAGUGCCUUCUUCUCCUAUUUGACCUGGAAGGGAGAUGGAGGAAACGCUGCCACCAACACAGUGCCGACCUAGAACUCAAUCCUGAUCCUAGAAAAAGAUGUCUUGUGGUUUUUUUCCCCCUCAAGAUACUGUAGGUGAAUCCUGACCUCUUCUUAAACCAAGUGUUACCAAUGAGAUAAAGCCUAAUUCAAACAAAACUAUUCUCUAUUAUAUAUACUUUUCAGUCAAACUCACUAGACUUUUACCUUAACAUUAUAAAAAAAAAUGUACAUCAGCAAUGGAUUGUCCACAUAAAUUGUACUGUAUCACAUACUACAACACAAUAUUUCUUUGAAGCGGCUCUGGUGGACUGCAAUGAGGCCUCAAAUUCAGAUUCCUCAAAAUAUUACCUUUAAUAAUACUAUUGUAUAUACACAAAUAAAGCAAACAGUGCCUUCAAUUGUUAGUAAUAUCACAGCGUAUUGGCAUACUAGCACCUCCAAGUUGUAUUUAAAAUAUGCAGCCUAGCCUAGUGGCAGCUAAUGUUUGGGGAUCCCAAAAAAAAAAUGAGAAUAACCAAAUCCCCUCACCAGUACUUCUAAAGUUCAA